GGGUGUGGUAAGUGCGUCAUCGAGGGCGUGGCGAGUGAGUCGUGGAUGUGGCAGAGGAGGAAUAUAUAGUGUGUGGGGGACCUGUGACCAGCACCACUCACGCCCUCACACCCACUCAAUAAGCAUCAUCAUGGUCGCCCGUCUCUGCUUUUUCGUAUUGGUGGUCGUGGUUGCCAAGACUACCGCCGAGCAGCGCGCCUCUUACGGUAACUCAGGAGGCAACAACGCCGAGAUACUGAAGGACGAGAGGACGCAGGACGGCUACGGCACGUACUCCUUCCAGUACGAGACCAGCGACGGCGUCACCCGGCACGAGUACGGCAGCCAGGAUGAUGGUCAGGUGACCAACGGCGGCUGGAGAUACACGUCCCCUGAGGGUCAGGUUGUGGACAUCACCUUCGUGGCCGACCACGGGGGCUACCAGCCCACGGGGGACGUCCUCCCCGUAGCCCCGGCCCUUCCCUACCAGCGGUCACAGCCGUACCACUGAGGCAGCUGUCCCUCCCGGGUUAAGGUGGCCCACCAGCUGCACCUUGUUGUUCCUUCUGCUUGUCUGUCAGGCGGCCGUCCUCAGGAACACCUGGCAGAAGAUGCAGAAGACCUCGUCAUUACCAGCGACCAUUCCUCUCCUUAUAUUUGUCUACUGAUGUUAUCACUGUGAUGCUUCUCGUCUGCAGGUGUCUAUCGCAAACAAAUUAUCUCUUAGAAACGAUCUCCACUGUAGUGAACAAUAGCAGUGAAGAACAGACACACCCAUGACGCCACAGUCACCUUAAUAACCCCUAUAAUUGGUAAUGUUAACUGUGUAUUGUUACUCACUCUGUUAUGUUAUUUGUGUUCUGUUACUCGUUGUUUGGUUAUAAAUUUUUUGUUUUUUCGUGUUUGCUGUGGUGGAUUGUGGUGACAUUUAUAUAUUUCUGUUUUUGUUCACACGUCAUCGUUCUUGUCAGUGUUUCUUCAGUCAUUCAAAUGUAUUAACACCUUUCUUAAUUUCUUGUAGCUGGAGUGUUGAGUGAAAAUAUAAUAAAGAAAAAUAUAACGAUA